AUGUACUUCUUCCUCAGGAACGGGGCUCUACGUCUCCUUCACGUCCCCAAAUCCAACCUCAACACCCUCUUGAACGUGAAAUCCAUCUCCCUGCCGGCUGGCACUUCUCGUAAUUUUCUCGUGAUUUUCUUGGCAGGAACGGAGACGGCCCUGUUGACCAUCAUGCCCCAUGCCCGCUUCGUGGCCAUCUGCCGCCCCCUACACUUUGACACAAUCAUGCACCACAGAGCCUGUGCCUCCAUGCUGCCAUGGCAUGAAAACCUGAGUUUAGUCACGACCUUUGGCUUACCCUUCUUCUGCUUCGUGCUCAUCAUGGUCUCUUACGUGCUAAUCUUCCAGGCCAUGCUGAGGAUGCUGGCUGCGGAGGGCCUGGCCACAGCCUUCUCCACCUGUGUGCCUCACCUUGCCAUCGUCACCCUUUUCAUCACUUCUGGCUCCUCUGCCUACUUGAAGCCGAUAUUAUACUCCCCCUCAGUGCUCCAACUGAUGCUGUCCAUGUUCUACUCUGUGAUGACCCCCAUCCUGAACCCCCUCAUCUACAGCCUGAGGAACCCGGACAUGAAGGCUAUGAUGUAA